AUGGCCGCAAUGAAAACGCCAGAAAUUUCCUCGACGCCUGCCUCAAAUCACACGGACGUCGAGAAGGCCCCCACCCAAGCCGGCCAGCGCACCCUCCGAGGCGCCCGGUGGGUGCUCGUCGUCGUCGCCGUGCUGUCCAGCAUGUUCAUCUACUCGCUCGACGGCACCAUCACCGCCGACCUCGUCCCAUCCAUCGUCAAUGACUUUGACAGCGUGCCCCUCCUGCCAUGGCUGUCGGUCGGCUUUAUGGUCGGCAGCAUCGUCACCGUCCUGCCCCUAGGCAAGCUAUACGCAAAGUACAACGCCAAGACGCUCUACAUCAUCUCCCUCGUCGCCUUCCUGGCCUCGUCGGCCCUCUGCGGCGCCGCUCCCACCAUGUCGGCCAUGAUUGUCGGCCGUGUGUUCCUGGGCAUGGCCGGGAACGGCAUUUACUGCGGCAUCUUGACCUUGCUUUCCGUCUACACCGAGGACCACGAGCGCCCGGCCUACCUCAGCCUGGUCGGGCUCCUCUGGGGCGUCGGCACAGUGCUUGGCCCGGUCAUCGGGGGCGCCUUCGACAAGGUCGACUGGCGGUGGGCCUUUUACAUCAACCUCAUCAUCGGCGGCGUCUGCUCGCCCGUCUACCUCUUCCUGCUGCCGCCCUUUGACCCGCAGCCCAAAACCGUCGGCUUCCUCGAGCGAGCCGCCUCCUUUGACCUUCUCGGCGCCGCGCUAUCCAUCGGAGCCGUCCUGUGCCUCGUCCUGGCCAUCAAUUUCGGCGGCGCCUUGUAUGCGUGGGACAGCGGCAGCAUCGUGGCGCUGUUCGUCGUGGCCGCGCUGCUGUUCGUCCUUUUCGGCGUGCAGCAGAAGUUUGCCUGGCUGACGACGAGGGCGGAGCGCAUGUUUCCGUGCCACCUGCUGCGCAACGUCGAGGCGAACCUCCUCUUUAUCUGUGCCGCAUGCUCCAAUGCCGCCGGCUUCAUCCCCGUCUACUACAUCCCGAUCUAUUUCCAGUUUUCCCGGGGCGACAACGCCCUCGAGGCCGCGGUGCGCCUGCUCCCCCUCAUCACCCUUUUGAGCGCCACCAUCAUAGCAAACGGCUAUCUCAUGGGGAAGCUGGGCUACUAUCAGCCCUGGUACCUUGCCGGCGCUGCUCUAGCACUGGCUGGGAACGUGCUCCUUUCACGUAUCGACAUCGGAACCAACACUAGUGACAUAUACGGUUAUGAGGUACUGGUUGCAAUCGGAAGUGGCGCGUUCAUCCAGGCAGGGUACGCGACGAUCCAAACCGUCGUCCCGCAAGCGGACACAUCAAACGCCAUCGCGUUCAUGAUGCUCGCGCAAUUCAUAGGCAUCAACCUCGGGCUAGCAAUCUCGGGGGCCGUCUUCAUCAACGACGCCACGGCCGCUGUCGGCGCGCUGCUGCCCGCUACGUCCGACGCCGGCAUCCGGUCCAUCAUCAGCGGCACGUCCUCGACCGCCAUCCAAAGCGUGCCGGAAGCGCUGCGGCCGCGCGUGCUGGCCGCCGUCGUGCACAGCCUGCGCAAAGUCUUCAUCCCUGCAUAUGCCGCUGCGGCGGUUGCGCUGGUAGCGUCUUUCUUCCUCAAGAGGCGCAGGGCGUUCCAUAAUCCGCAGCAGCAGCAGAAGACGUAAGCGCGGGCUUAGAGGCGCGGGGUCUAUGGUUGCGGCUUGCCUCUGCUGGGGUGGGGUGCUGUGUUGCUGGUAUAGUUACGGGGCGGGUGGGUUUGUUUGUUCUACUCUUUUUAGUUUUUGGUAUUUGGGAAAGGGUAAAAUGGAAAGUAGAAUCUGCUUUGGGAGUACGAUCGUUUAUGUGAUAUGGCCGUUUUUCAGUGCUUGUGGGUAUAUGUUUAGAGCGUUACUUUUAUGUUGGUAGUAUACAGCCGGCUCUUUAUACUUGUAUAGACAGGGA